AUGUCCACUACCGCUGAGCAACGUAUCAUCCUCGUGACAGGUGGGAACAACGGCAUAGGUUUCGAUACAGUUGCUGCGCUGGCCGCGGCCUCACCAACCAACUAUGUCAUAAUCGGCUCCCGCAACCUCUCCAAAGGCACUGCCGCUCUCGAAAAAAUCAAAGCCAAGAAUUAUCCCGGAAGCACUGACCUCGUCCAACUCGACGUCACAGACGACUCCUCGAUCUUCGCAGCAGCAACCUCAAUCUCGCAGACCCACGGCCGUCUCGACGUCCUCAUCAACAACGCAGGCAUCUGCCCCGAGCCAAGCGACCCCACAUGGCCCACCAGGCAGCAGAUGCGCGAUGUUUUCGAGACGAACGUGUUCGGGCCCACGGUCGUGACGCAAGCCAUGCUUCCGCUACUACGCAAGAGCACAGACCCCAGGAUCGUCAACGUGACCUCGUCGCUCGGUAGCAUUGCGACACGGCUCGAUCCCUCGGAUCAGGUCGCCGGACCUAAUUAUCCGGGGUAUCGGAUGAGCAAGGCUGCGCUGAAUAUGCUGACGGCGUACACGUAUGCUCUCGAGGAAGCAAAAGGGGUCAAGGUUUGGAGCUUCUGUCCGGGCUUUGUGGUGACGGAUUUAGGUCGUGAUAGGGAGGUGAGGGAGAGUAUGGGUAUUGACAGUUCGGAGACGAGUGCGAAGGGGAUCUUGCAGAUUGUGCAGGGGGAGAGGGAUGACGAGGUUGGGCGGUUUGUUGAGAGGGAGGGGAAGAGCCGUGCGUGGUGA